AUGUUUGUCUUUCGCCCCAAGGACCUCCCUCCUGACCCUGUCUAUCCUGCGAAUCUCAAGGAACUAGGAUACUUCAUCACCGACAACGACCAGAUCAAGAAGAUCUCAAACCCAGAGCAAGAAUUCCAGUUCAGAAUCAAUCGCAACUCUCGCUGGAAUGACGCCCAACGAGAAGCCAUGAAUGCCUGUAUUCGCACCGUCGUUUACUCCCGUCUCCGCGACCAGGGCAUGACAACCCUAUGUCUCCCGCUAACCGCAAGUCCCAAAGAACCACAUGUCCCAAUCUUCGUCUCAUCCAACCUCUCCACCGCCAAACGCAUCAUCGUCGUCUUCGGAGAACCCAUCCAGGACGUUGGCAUUUGGGCCUAUCGAAGCGUCAGCAUGCAAGGCAUCAGUGCUGGUUCAGCAGUCUCGCUGGCGCAGGAGAUCCUCCGUCCCCAGGAAAAAGACGACCAGAAUCAGCACCAGCAACAGACUCCAGAAUCUAACGGCAAGCCGCAGCGCGUCACUUCUGACACAGCUCUCAUUCUCGCAAACACAGGCCAGCUCAUCUGGCACUGUGGUGGCCGCCGUGUUAUCACCCAUGCUAGCUGGAUGGCUCUUCCGCGGCGUUCGGCUGUUGAUCCACCGUACACGAUGACGGGUCGUAACUCGGUUCCAGGAAAUGCUAAUUGGCAGGAACAUGUGGAGAGUGUUUUUGAGGAGGUUCUGGCUGCGAGGGGACGGCUUGUUAGGGAGGAUGCUAAGAUUGAUAUCAUUGGUAUUUCUGAGGGUGGGCUUGGUGUUAUUCGGUAUUUGGCGAGUAAUUGGUCCUCUUGGAGCCCUUACAUCAACGCAAUCUGCCUCGCUAGCCCCCUCCACUUCGCAAACAUCGACUUAAGCCUAUACGACAACGACUCCGACUCCGACUCCAACUCAAACUCUAACACCAAUCAAGCCAACCCCAACUCAUUCGCCUCCUUCCUCCUCGCCCGCGGCCGCGCAUAUGUCGUUUCCCCCGAACCCCUUGGUGUCCCCGUCCCCGGGAUCGAAGAGCACGGUUGUAACUGCUUUGCGUCUGGGGAGGAGUUGAAUAUCGAGUGUGUUAUGGGGGCGUCUUGGAAGGAGAUGAUGCAGUGGUUUGAGAAGGUGCAUGCGGAUACGGAGUAUUGUGAGGAUCGGUAUGAUGUGACGACUGUUGAUGCUGAGGGGGGUUUUGGUCCAGUGGGUGGUGUUGAGGUUGUUCAUGCGGGUGCCGAUGGUGAGAAUAAUAAUAAUGUUGCGAUUGGGGAGGUUUAGGGUUCUCAUUGUGUAUUUGGCACAGCGUAUCUAGCG